CCAUGACCAAGCAAGAAAAAUCAGAGUUAGUCAAGCAGCUUGGGGCAAGUGUUGGCGUUUCGCCACAGGCGCUCCACAGCUUCAUCAACGCUGAGAAAAACAAGCCCGGGGUCGGCACUGCUGGCGGAGGAGGCAGCCAACAGAAAGGAGCUGCCAGGAAAGUCUGCUACUGCAACGGCAAAGGGCACCUGGCAAAGCAUUGUAGCAAGUGGGCAAAGGGCAUCCGCGAAAAG